CAGAUGGAAGCUUGCAGCCUCCUCCUCUGCCAGAGCCUGUGAUGAACGCUAACACUAUGCAUUUGCACUCCUGCACGCUGAAGAUGCUGCAACACUACUGGCACAGCUUUGCUAGCUAAAGGCUGAAGAGUAUGAGGUACUAAGGGUCCAAAAUGAGGACUUUGUCUACCAUCUCCCAGCUUCACUUGUUUGGGGUUCAACAAAGACAGACUAUUAAACAUUUUAUGGCAUAUGCAGAAGAGUGAAAACACUGGCUCCCCUGUUACCAGGGUAGGAAUGGAGGAAUUGUAUUUACAUAUUCAGCCUCUUAAUAGCAGUGGAAAUAUAUCAUCUCAGACCUUAUCCCGACUCAAAGACACUCAAAGUGCACUGCUUCAUAGUAGCACGCCACAGUAUAUAGGGCUGUUUUUCAUGAUUAUUCUGGAUAUGGUUGCAUUGGCUGGAAAUGUGGCAGUUGCUGUUGUGAUUAUUAAAACACCCAGACUUCGGAAAUUCCUAUUUGUUAUACACCUUUGUGUUAUAGAUACAUUGGCAGCCCUUACAGUUAUGCCGCUGGGUAUUAUGGAAAGUACACUAAGCAUGAGAUACGAAGAUUCCUUCUGUCAAUCAUAUGCUUCAUUGGAGGUUUGCUUUAACAGUGCAUCCAUCCUUACCAUCUCUGCUAUAAACAUAGAACGCUAUUACUACAUAGUUCACCCAAUGGCAUAUGAAGUGAAGAUGACUUUACGUCUGGCAAUCUCAGUCUUGGUGUUUAUUUGGAUUCAAUCAUCUUUGACAUCUAUCGUACCCUUUCUUGGAUUUACACAUGUGGAUGGUACCAACCCCAACAAUGCUAGCCUUAUGAAUGUUACUCACUGCUCAAUGCAGAGGAAUUUAGGACACUACAGGAAAGCAUUUGUGACAUUCUUUCUUAUAAUGUAUUUUAUUGUGCCUCUUCUUAUCAUACUGACUGUUUAUUGCAAUGUCUUUAAAGUGGCACGAAUAGCAGCUCUACAGCAAGGGCCAUUACCCUCAUGGGCAGGAAGUCCACGUCAAAGAUCUAACUCUAAUGGAAGUCAAACAAAUAUUAUGACAGGUAUUAGAUCACACCUAGUAUCAUCAAACAGAACUGUCGGGGGUGCCAAGGCUGCCUUUACUCUUAUAGUAACUGGGGGUCAAUUUAUUAUGUGUUGGUUGCCUUAUUUUGUUUUUCAUGUGCACAGUGCUUUAAGGACUGAUUACAAUGUAGAGGACAAGUGGGAAAACAUAGUAAGAUGGCUUGCAUACACAACAUUCACUGUAAAUCCCCUGUUUUAUGGCUGUCUAAACAGACAAAUAAGAGCUGAGCUCACUCAGAUACCAAAGUGCUUCCUAAAACAGUCUCUUGAUGAAGAGCUUGGACUUUCCAGCCGUGAGGGCUCAGAAGAGGAAAACUUCCUCCAAUUUCUUCAGCGGACUAGUUGUGUGGUGGAUAGAAGGAACAGUUUUCCUACAUCUUCAACUUCUAAGUUACUUGUUAACCAAAGCACCCUUAGUUUCAGAAUACCAGGGCAAAUUUUGGAGGAAACACCAGAGCUAUUGGAACAAGAUUCUAAGGUAGAGUUCAAAAGCAGACAAAAAUAAAAAAAUUAGAGUAUACAUCCAUUUAGAGUGAGGAAGAGGAAAACAUCUAUAGUACACCAGCCCUUUAAUUGGAAAUUAAUUAAUGUGUAAAUCGAAUGGUUUAUAUGCAUUUGCUACUUCACACAGACAAUAUUAGCUAGAAGAAAGAUCAAAGUUUUAAUUUUCCACAACUGUUCAAAUUUGAUGUAAUGUAAAAAUCAAAAGUUUUUAAUACACAGGUAUGGUAUAUAUUAAGUUGAAUGCUUGGGACCUGAUAUGGAUUGGUGCAGCUAUGUUAUGAUUAAGUACAAGGUACCAUUUUAUUACUACUGGAAAUAAUUUCAAUACAUUUGAGAUAUUUGCGCAAUAUGGACUGUUGGAAAUGGCU